GUCUCCAUCUUUACUUCACACACGUGGGAACGGUCUUAGCUCACAGAAAAGAAAUUUAGGAGUGCACAGCUAAAACAAUUUUAGUGCAUUACUUUGAUACAAGAGGGCUGAGACAAUGCAGCUUUGCAGUGUUUGUAGCGGCCAGGUGCCGAAAUAUCGGUGCCCAACAUGUCUCGUCAGAUAUUGUUCCCUCAAUUGCUUCAAGACACACAAGGAUAGCUGUGAGCCUGUGAAGCGAAAGGAGUCCAAACGUGAUCAAAAUCAGCCACAUACUGCUGCCAGAGAACCGUGGACACCAGACGAUCUCCUGGAUGAAGAUGACCGGAGUGAUAUGGUUUCUGCAGACAUACUUCAGAAACUUGGUGAGUCAGAGGAUCUUAAAGACUUGCUGCGGAACCCCCAUCUCAGACAACUCCUGGUUGCCGUGGAUACUGCAGGGAGCAAGGUGGACGUUAUGAAGACGGCUAUGCAGGAGCCUUUGUUUGUGGAAUUUGCUGACCAGUGCUUGAGAAUUGUUGAACCCACGGACAUAGAGGACGACUGAUCAGAAAGAGGAUUGUUCUUUUCAAGACUUUCUCAAUUAUUCGGAAGACACCAGCUGCCCCUGUUGGUUGACCUGCAUGAACUCCUCGCAAUCUCUUCCCUAACAGUGUAGACAUGUUUAAAUUGUCAAUUAUUCUCUGAAGCUCUAACUGGCCAUGAAAGCAUCAACCGGUCUGUCCUGUAGCCAUGGUGAAAAGAAUUAUGAAUUAACUAUGCUGACACCAUCAGGUAAAACAUUCAAACAUAAUGGCCAGAGACUACAGUAUAUCAGUGUAAUUACAGUCUGUGUACCUGUGCCUCUGUGAAAAGUUGUUUCAUUUCACUGUUUGGCUGCUUAUUGGGUUUGUGUGCCUCUUUUAAAUUCUACACAUGGUGUUCCCAUCAGGUGCUUCAUCCACUGUCUGAUUAAACUGUGUUGUUCUCAGCAAACACACACCGGCUUAGUUUAACUGCAUUGCUAAGCUGUCUGAGCGGUCUUGGUUAUUCUCUGGGAGAAUCCUCAUCUGCGCUCGUAUGAGUCAUACGUCUUGUCUUCAGGCUGCCACUGAAGCGUUGUGAAAUGGCCUUUUUUAUUGUAUCAUUCAUUUCACGGAAUUGGUUCUCUGACCUUGUCCAGAUUGUUUUGUUUAUGAAAUAAAGUAAAAUAAAGUAAGACUGUAAAAGUGUUA